GAAGUGAGGAAGUUGAGUAAGAAAAAUAACUUAGUGGCAACUUGUGAAUUUAUGGGUUUGCAAACAAUUUUGCCUGCAAGUGCUCUGAGACUCUGAAUGGGAAUACGGCUUUAACUUACAGGUGGCCAGUGGCCUACAGCAUUGUGAGGAAUAAAUGGGACAUUCUGGUGCCUGCUUAGCUGGCAGAACAUUGUGGGGCAAUUUUGGGAGAAAAGAAAAUGUAUUCAUGUUUUUUAAAAAACAUGGUGACGUAUAGUUAGACUAAAUAAUACUUUUUCUCUCUUUCAAAACUGAUGCUUACUGCACAAGAAGCUGGGAUGGGUCAAGAAGAGAGAUGAGGAUAGAGGCCUUUUUGUAUGGUUCUGUCUGUUGCUAUAGCCACAAACACCUAGAAGAAUUAUCUUAUCAAACCUACUGGUGCUUCUUUCCCUUAAAAACUAAAAGCAAAACAAAAGUGUAAUACAUGUACACAGUGCAUUUAAGCUGUUUUUAAAAAACCUAAUCUGGAUAGGUAGUACAGGAUACAUGUGCAAGCUUGUUAGUAACCAUUUUUUUUUAACCUUUACCUAAAUACAAGAUUUGUCAUAGUUUCUUGUUUGUUUUUGCUUCUUUCUUUAGUACUAUCUUCCUGACAUCUAAUUCAGUCCCCCUCACUCAAGCAUAUUUUCUUUCUUCCAAUUUGCCUCUGCAGUUAAUUUUCAUAUGUGGUUGAGGUGCCUUUGGCAAGGAGGAAACAGAUAUGCAAAGAAGAUCAGAAACAGUCUGAGUAGCUUUAAAGUCUGAGAUCCUGCUGCCUGUUGUACAUCUCUGAAUAGAAAGCGUUUCUAGUAUUAGAACAGAGACAUUGGUGAAUCUUCGCUUGUGGUUUUUGCUAGUACCACACAAGGUCUUCUAAAGGUGCUUGGGAGCCAGGUCAGAUAUGCAGGGGUACUGCAAAAAUCUGCAGGGACAAAAGGGAGAGCUAAAUGGAGGAUGUUGUUCAUGUGAAGGCUGGUGGGGGGGGGGAAAAAGACACUUCAAACCUGAAGGUUUGAUUGGAUUUUCUCUUGCCAUUUCUUUGGCUUGCAUCUGUGUGGGGGCGUGUGUAUGACUACAUAAAGAGAAAAAGUAGAAGAAAAAUCUAGAUGUUCUAAAAGGUAUAAAUAGCUACCAGAGUUACUGCUACACAAGAAACUAGUGGAUUUCUUAGACUCUCUUCAGUUUCUUAAAUAUUUUCCUUUACAAAUCUUUUUAAUAGCUGUCUUUCUGGUGGUUAUUUUUGCCUGCCUUUAAAGCUUCUGUAGAUUGUGGCCCUUGAAAGUCUGUGUUGCAUUUGAAAUGGCAUUAUGGCUUCCUGAAUGUACCAGUUCAUUACCACUCUUCUGGCAAAGAGAGGUUUUUUUUUUUCUUGGGUCUAUCAGCACCCUGCUAGCUCAGUUUUUAGGACAGUCCAAGUGUUAGACUACGCUUGAAGCUUGCAGACACCUGAAAUACCAGAACUGCAUGCAUUUCACGACCUGGUUAUGCUCAAGCUCCUCUGUAAUAGCAGGAACGGAUCUGACCAAGAAGGAAUUCUGCCCUGUGACGGAAGAACACAAAACUGCGUUUCAAAACAUUUUAAAGGAAGACCUGGAGGUGGACCAGGAAAAGGAAAACAAUAAAGAGCGGAGUGAGGAAGCGUCACCCAUGGUUUCCAGUAGGAAAGGGAGUUCACCCUCUGCAGGUGGCAUUAAAGGAGAUAAAUCAAAGCCAAAUGAACCUGAGUCUCCUACUGAGAAAGAAGUGGAGGCUGAAUUUCUGAGGUUGUCCUUAGGUUUUAAAUGUGAUUUGUUUACCUUGGACAAGAGAGUGAAGCUUGAAGAAAGGUCCCGAGACUUAGCUGAAGAAAAUUUGAAAAAGGAGAUCACAAAUGCUCUGAAGAUGUUAGAGGCUCUAGUCCCUUUGUGUGAAGAAGAUAACCAAGCACAGGAAAUCAUUAAGAAGCUGCAAAAAAGCUUGCAGUUUCUUGGCCAGUAUGCAGCCCGAGUCGCCAGUAGAGCAGAGAUGUUGGGAGCUAUUAAUCAGGAGAGCCGUGUCAGCAAGGCUGUGGAAGUAAUGAUCCAACAUGUGGAAAACCUGAAGCGCAUGUACGCAAAAGAACACGCGGAACUUGAGGAGCUGAAACAAGUCUUGCUCCAGAAUGAGAGAUCCUUUAGUUCUCUUGGAGAUCGAGAUGAAUCUACGAAUAAAAAGCUACUAAAUUCUUUUAACUUUAAGCCAUCGUCAGCCCUACGAAGAGUUAGCAUUGCAACGUUGCCUAGGAGUGUUGGAAAUGCAGGUAUUGGGUUGCCACUGGCCCAACUCCGUGAACCUGAUGGAGAUGAACAGAGUGAUAAAUUCAACAGGAGAUCAAGCAGCUGGGGACGGCUAGGAGCAAAGCCAAAUGAGAAGCGCCCUUCGCUACAGCGGUUCAUCAGCACGUACGCUUGGGCAGAAUACGGAGAUGAACAUCCUGAAAUAAAAGAUGAGCAGUUGGAAUCGCCUGCUGAAGUACAAGAAGAACCACCAAGGAAGGAAAGCAUCUCUGAAAAAGGGAAACAUUCUUCCAAAUGGAACCUAGAGUCAGCGUACAAUUUGAUGUCAUCGUGGGCAUCCCAUUUCAAGGCUUCCUUUUCCAACGCCAACAAAACUCUCUGGGUUUCCGUUUCCAUCCUGGUACUGCUUGCUGCUCUCACAAGCUUCCUCACAGGGCUGUCUCUUCAAAGACCAGCAGAUGCAGCACCUGUCGGAACUGGGGACUCCUGGACUUCACUACAGCAACUGUUGUGGCCAUACACAGGACUUCAACACAACGGGCCACCCCCGGUAUAACGCAGGUUCUGGCAUCUGUAGUUACACGUGCAAGUUCUGGGUGACAGUCUGAGAAGCUGAGCUAGUAUAAUUAAGGUUAUAUUUUGGGGGUUAGUUGGUUGGGCUGUGGGUGCUUUUUGGGGAGAUGAUUUUUCUUUUUUUUAAAAAGCAUGACUUGAAAUUACGAAAUACUUUUCUUCCCCCAUUCUGAGAAAAGUCAUCUUUACAAGUACCUAAAAGUACGUUGGUUUUAUUCAUGUUUACAGUAAAACAGGUAGUAAUCUUGAACGUAGCUAACAAUUAAAUGAAGUGGUCUAGCCACAGGAGAAUAAAAAAACUUAUUUUUGAACUUUAUUUGCAUUUUAGUCAUGGAAGCUGUUCCAAUGAUUUGAACUGAAAAGGAUUCAAGACUUGAAAUGUAACUUUAUUGAAAGCUUUUGAUAAUAAAGUUUAAAAGGAAAGCA